CUCAUGCGCGCAUUCGUCACCGUCCGAUCAAUCAGACCUGUGCUUGAGACCACUGCGGCCUCUAUCAGUCGGGUAACCUAUCGUCUGCGCUGCGUCGCGACGCGCCGCGGGAAGGCUGCAGGCUGGCAGCACGAUGGGCCGCAAAACCCACCGCCGCUCCCAGCAGGAGAUCGAUGCUAUUAGAAGGGAACGCGCCCAGCGCAAGACGCAAGACGUGGAAGUGCAGAUGGGCGCGAUGACGUUGGAAUUUAACGACAACUUGCGACUCACGGUCGAGGAGGACUGGCACUGCGAACAGGGAGACGCGAUCGCGGGCCUCCAGUGGGCCGGCGGGGUGCGGUUGGCGCGCUUCUUUGACGAUAGGAGCGUCUUUGGUCAGGACUACUGGCGAGAUAAGGUUGUAUUGGAGCUCGGAGCGGGCCAGGGCCUCACGAGUUGUGUGCUCGCGACGCUGGGGUGUAAACGCGUCGUCUGUAGCGAUGCUGAUGUUACACAUGCGCGGCAGACGGUCGCGCGCAACGCCGACGUGUUGGAAGCCAAGCCCGACGUUCUUGCGUACAGCUGGGGCGUCGGAGAACCACCAAUUAAGGCUGAUGUAAUAGUGUGCGGCGACUGCCUCUACAACAGGGACCACGCCCAUUUACUGGUGCGAGGUUUGUUAGAUUGCGCUUCUUCAUCAACAUCUAUCUACUUAUGUGGCGCCGUGGGCGAGGACGCGUAUCAAGCUUUUCUGGCCGAGGCGCCUCGUUAUUUUGAUGUCGAGUUGUUGGACGGGUCGGCGCGGACUGGUACAAAUGUGAAUACGUGGCAGAAGCGCGACUUGUUGCGCCUCACGAAACGCAGUGGCCCUGCGUUACAAGCGAUCCAACCGGGCCGCAAGGAUAAAGUAGAAGGUGACGACGCGGCUCUUUUCGACGAUGUUUCUGAUGGUGACACUCUCAUCACAUCAGAAGACUUCACGGAGCGAGCCCGAACGCUCGUAGACCCAUAUCCUGAUCACAGGAGCGUGUUCGUCGUCGACGGCGUCCUUUCUGAAGAUGCUUGUAAACAACUGAUCGCAUCAUCAUGCACCCGAGACUCCUUCUGGGCCGGCGACGAGCCUCACGAGGACGCGCGGCCGUUCCGCGACGCGGACACGUGCGAGGUUUCGUGUCCGAAGCUGGCGGCUCGGAUCUACGAGCGCAUCGCGCCCUAUCUAUCAGAGACACCGAUCGCCAUUCCUUCGACAGAACAUUUGGAGGUUAGAGGAGAGUGGCGGCCGUGUUCUUUGAACGAGGACUUUUUGUUCGGCAACUACCCGGCAAAAGGAGGCUUCGCGCCGCACUCCGACGGCGCCACAGCUAAAGGCUUGAAUUUGCGAUCUUUUUAUUCGGUUAUUAUCUACCUGAACACGCCGUCUGAAGGCGGCGGCACGCGCUUUUAUAAGAAGUCGGCCACUGAUGUGGUCCUAGAAGAUAAGAGGUGGACGGGCCGCAAGGACCUCGCGGUCUUCGAGGUCCAACCUUUGAUGGGAAGGGCUCUGGUGUUCGACCAGCGUUUAGUACAUGAGGGCAUACCACCUAUUGGUGAUAGGAAGCACAUCAUCCGCACGGACGUCAUGUUUCAGAGAAUUGAGCCCUUGUUUGUUGAAUACGCAAACGAGUACGCGGACUACGAACGGGCCGUCGAUUUGUCGGAGCGAGGAAAACACGCGGACGCGAUAUCACUAUUCCGGAAAGUCUCACGACAUGCCCCGGAGCUAGCAGCUGAAUUAGGUAUUUAAG